GAUCCAUCGGCGGAACAUCCAAGCUUCAAAGCUUUAGAUUCCAAAGACCUUACUACCUACCACCAUACCUAUUAUAAUCGCCAAUUUCCUAUAGGCAUAUUCUCGAGCUCCCUCCCACCAUCGCGAAAUAGGCCUCCUUCGGGCUCGAGUCAAAGAUGGCGAACGACUACUCCGCGCCGAAGGGGGAGGAGCAACAUAUCUUCCACCAACAUGAUUCUCUCAAAUCCGCCAUAAACGGCGCACUGCUAGGUGGAGGUGCUGGUUUUACCGUCUCGGCCGUUCAGAACUCACUCGCGAGACGCAACGUCGGCGCUUGGGGUGUAUUUACGAGGACCGGCGGUACUGUCGCUAUGUUCACUGCUGGAGCGACCGUAUACGAAUUCGCGCGAGACGCUACCGCCAACCUACGAGAAAAAGAUGACACACUAAACAUCUCAAUCGCUUCAUUCCUAAGCGGAGCCACGAUAGGUCUACGAACCGGCCGCAUCCCCCAGAUCUUAGGUUUCGGCGCCGCCUUCUCGAUCGUCAUGUCAGCCUUCGAAUUCACAGGCGGCAGCCUCCGCGGCGGACCCCGUAACCCCGUUAACGAGCUCGACGAGUUCGACCGCAAGGAAGCCAUGCGAUUAAACCGCCGCCGACCGAUCGACGAGACCAUCGCCAACAUCGGCGAGGGCCGCGGUAUCCACCCGCCCGGCUACGAGGAGCGCCGCCGCGAACGCUUGAAGGAGAAGUACGGCGUGGAGAUUAAGCCUGUGUCCGCUACUGUGGAAUAAAUAUACCCACCCAUUUAAUCUACGCACGAGAUAUAAAGAGAAAAGGAGGGAGUAGGCUGCAGAUGGUAAUUGCACUGACAGCCGGGGUUCCAUACGGUGCCGGAGAAUCUAGUUGAGCCGCGAAAAUUAGAGGACUCCACUUUCCGGCGCAAAUUUAUUUCUGACGAUAAAAAGGGCGGCGGGCAUUCUUCAUCCAUCCAUCACCAUCACAUCACAACAAUCAUACACAAACCUUCUAUCCACGGCGGGGAUAAGGGGCUGUCGCAACUAAACUAAGAGGUACAAUGCAUACCCGUACAUAUACCUAGAAUUCCAUUUCUUCAAUGUUCAGAUACGAGCUCUUUUGCUUCUGUGAUGAUUUCUAAAUCCACGGAAUAGCUUGUUGACUUUGUG